UUCUCGUUUAAUUAUUAAUUUAAAAGCACAUAUAAUAGACUGAAGUUUUCCUUGAAUCAAAUUAAAUUAAUUUUUUUAAAAAAAAAUAUGGAACAACCAAUUAACCAUAAACAUAAAAUUGACAUUUUAUUAUCAAACAAUACAGUUUUAAUUCAACCAGCAAAAACCAGCAGUGUUAAAUCAAAAUACAAAAAAAAGAAAUGUAACGAAUGCAAUAAAAGAAGAAAACCUUUAGAUGAAAGUCACCAGAUAUGCCAUGUUUGUUACAAAAUAAAGAAGGUAUAUAAGUACGGUCCCAGCGGGAACAAUACUAUUGAUGACUUUAUUAGGAAUACGCAAGUCAAUCUUGUUAAAAAAAAUGGUAAAAUGGAGUUUGUUCCUUAUGAUCAAUUCAAAAAUAUAGAAUUUAUUGCUGAAGGAGGUUUUAGUAAAAUAUAUAAGGCUACUUGGAUUGAUGGCCCAGUUAUUAAUUAUAGCAACACAAGAAAUAUUCGUCAAGAAAAUUACACAGUCGUUCUCAAAAAGCUCAAUAAUUCUAAUAACAUCACAUCUAAGGAGCUGAACGAGGUAUAUAGUAUACGUAUUACUUAUCUCCUGGCUAAUUAGGAAUAAGUAAAAUUUUACUAGGAUUGGAUAAAUGAUCGGCCGAAGGCCGAUCAUGUUCCGAUUCUAAGUAAAAUUUUACUAUUCCAAUUAGCCAGGAGAUAAUUGAUUUAUCCCCUGCCAUUUACACAAUAGUAAGUGUUUUAUAGUAUAUUGUGAGUAUAAUAUAGUAUAUUUUAUUGUUGAAUUUACGCUUGGUUUUGUUUCAUUUUAAAAAUUUU